UUUGUGUUCAGACGUCGAAGCGCGUGUUCUAAUGCCCAAGAAUUUAGCAAAGCGAACUGACAACGGACCUACUUACAAGUAGUACCACAUUAUUGGUCAAAGUCGCAAAGUACGCGCGACCAUCAAUCGAACGCAUUUCAAUUAACCUUCUGUGUGACCUCGAAUCGUAGGAACAUUUGAAUUUGCUGUCUAUUUGAUCAUGGAGUUUCUUAUUCGUUUGGUCGCCCUAAUUAUGACCGCCGUCUGCACGGUGCUUAAUAAGUUUCUGGAUAUAAUAUUGCCGUGCAAGAAACCAAACUAUCCCCCCAUAAGAGAUCCCAUACUCUUGAAAUCGGUCACAGAACUGUCUACGGAACUGCGACGCGGCGAACUUAAAUCGGUGGAUUUGGUCAGCGCAUAUAUUACACGUAUCCGGGAAGUAAACACGGCAUUGAAUGCUGUGGUCGAAGAUCGUUUCGAGGAAGCACUCAAUGAGGCUCAGCUGGCGGAUGAUUUUAUUGCGAAGGCCAGCUCCGAAUUUGAUCGUGUGGCGCUUUUCACGCGUUAUCCACUCCUUGGAAUUCCAUUCAGUGUGAAAGAGUCGUGCUCUGUCAAAGGGCUCUCCUAUGAGGUGGGCAGCAUAGUGCGCAAGAACAUCAAGGCACCCCAGGAUGGCGACGUGGUCGAGCUUCUGCGGGCAGCUGGCGGUAUUCCCAUGCUUGUGUCGGCCAAUCCCGAGUUUUGUAUGAGUUUCGAAACAAACACAGUGGCCCAUGGUCGCUGUCUCAAUCCCUACGAUCUGCGUCGCACCACUGCCGGCUCCUCGGGCGGAGAGGCAGCCUUGAAUGGCAGCGGUUCCACGCCAUUUGGAGUUGGCUCAGAUAUCAGCGGCUCUAUACGAUUACCUGCCAUGUUCUGUGGCGUGUUCGGCCACAAGCCCACUGGAGGGCUUAUAUCCGUCAAGGGUCACUUUCCGAACUCGGCGACUGACAAAAAUAUGCCCAAGUAUCUACAGAUAGGACCGCUGACACGGUUUGCUCGUGACAUGCCGCUGCUGCUCGAAAUAAUGGCUGGUGAGAAUAAGCACUUGCUGAAAAUGAAUGAACCGGUGGCCUUAAAGGACAUCAAGAUACAUUACGCCUACGGCUAUUCUGGCUUGAAUGCGCUCACACAUCCAAUGCUGGACUUUGACAUCAAGCUGAGCAUCUUGAGGGCAGUCAAGUGCUUUGAAAAGGCCGGCAUGCAGCCGAAACAGCUUGAUCUGAAAUUUCUGCAUAACUGCAUGGAGGUUGUGCUGGUGGCCCUUGUCGAUCUGAAGGGUAUACCCAGUAUUGUGACACAACAAGCCCAUCGGCAGCCACACAUGCGGCUGCUAGUUGUGGAGAUGUUCAACAGUCUUAUUGGCCACUCCCUGUUUACCAAGGAGGCGCUGUUCCUGGAGCUAAUGAAGCGUCUCAAUGCUUUAAUGUUUGAAAGCCACAUGGAACAGUAUCGCAAAGAGGCUAAGACAAUCAAAAAGCAAAUGAGUACUAUUCUCGGAAAUAAUGGGGUGCUCUUUGUACCCACCUUCCACACCAGUGCCCUGUGUUUUAACACUUCCGUGCUGAACUUUACUGGCAUUGAUAUUGUGUUGUUGUUCAAUGUGCUCGGCUUUCCAUCGACGCAUGUGCCCAUGGGUCUGAAUCAGCGUGGCAUGCCCAUUGGGUUUCAGGUGAUAGCUGCACCCUAUCAGGACAAGCUGUGCCUGCAGAUUGCUGCCGAACUGGAGGGCGCCUUCAAGGGCUGGGUUCCGCCCGUACCACAUCAGCUGGCCAAAUAGAAUAAAAUGCAAUACAACUAUUUGUAAAUAAGGUUAACGGUAUAGUUAUUAAACUUUUUACAAUAAAAUGCACUUGGGGUUUCCAUACAAGA